AUGCCUGUCGUUAGCUCCCUCAUUUCGUCCAACAUCAAGAAGUCACCUCAGGACAAAGUAGUUACUGUCGCUGGAGGGUGUUUCUGGGGAUUGGAGUACAUUUACAAAAUGCAUUUUAAGGACAGAAUCGUUGACACGCAAGUAGGCUUUGCCAACGGAAAUCUGGCCAAUCCAACUUACAAGGAGGUUUGUCAGGGUCUGACUUACCACGCUGAGGUAUUGCAGAUCGCCUACAAUCCAGAAGUUAUUUCAUACAAGGAGCUGAUUGACUUUUUUUUCCUAGUUCACGAUCCAACGCAAGAUGACGGCCAAGGACCUGACAUUGGUACUCAAUACAGAUCUGCUGUUUUCUACCUGGAUGAAGAGGAGAAAGAGAUUGCAGAGCAAUCUUUGGCGGAAACACAGAAGAAGUGGUUCCCUCAUCACGAGAUCGUCACUCAAGUUGAAAAAUUGACUAGCUACUGGGAUGCUGAAGAUUACCACCAAGAAUACCUCAUCAAGAAUGCUGAUGGUUACCACUGCCCCACUCAUGUUCUCAGAACGGAACCCAAGGCCAUCUCUGUUUAA